UUUAUUUUCAUAUCUAAAUGUCAAAGAAAUCAACUUAAAAUUUGAUAAAAGGGGUAAUAUUGGGUGAAGCAAGAGGUAAAUUUAAAAAGUGUCAAAUCUGUUAGAAAGAAUUUGGAAUUUUUCAUAAAGAACACUAAUGCAAAAGGUUUGUGUAAUAAUCUAAAUUUAAGGUGUCGAAGAGCUGUAUGUUAGAAUUGUGCAAAUCAUCAUGGACCUGUUUUAACUGAUACAGGAUUUUCAAAAUAAACCCACAGAAUUUGUAAUGUAUGUAAAGAUGAAAGUGAUUCAAUUAAGAAGUUUAUAGAAUCAUAAAAAAUAGGUUUAGGAAAAGAUACAUAUGCAAUAGAAUGGUUAAAAUAAUCAGGUCUUACUAUUGAUUUAGCUAAAAAGGUAAUAUCUUAUUAAUGUUAUAGGAAUAUGAUUUGGCAUAAAAAGAAAAUGAUCGACAAAAAGAUAAAGCAGAGUUUUUAAGGAUGAAAUAAGAGUUAUAAAUGGUAAUGAUUGAAUUCUGGAUGAAUCUAACCUUUUCUUAUAGGGAAUUUUUAUUUUACUUAAUGAAAGAUAUCGAAUAAGAUUAAUUAUAAUAACAGAUAUGCAGAGUUUUAGGAGCAAUAUUAUUAUAAUAUCCAGAAAUAGGAUACAGUUCAGAUUAAGUAAUAAUAACAACAUUUCUGUUGUGUUUCUGUUCUGAAUCAUCUGCAUAUGCAAUUUUAACAAUAUUAUAUUCAGAAAUAAUUCCUUCUUAUUUGUAUCCAUUAAAUUUAAAAAAAAUGCCAUAUGAUUAUUAAAAUGAGAAUGAUUAACUUUUUUAAGUCUUAGAAUAGGGAUUUAAAAUUAAAUCAUCAGAUUUAUAAAUAAUUAAACCAUUUAUAAAAUAAAGAGCUCAAAGAUAUAUUCUAUCAUUGGGAAUCAACUUUUUUUAGUUUUAGACAUCAUUCUAUAUUAUUAAUCAAAUGCUUGUUAAUCCUAAAACUGGAUAUGAUAAUUUUAUCAAAAGCUUAGCAGUUUGCUUUUAUUAAUAAUUUGAAGAUAUCAAGGUCUUUAUAAAUUCUUUAGAAGAUAUUGAAGCUUAAAUUUUAAGAAAUGUUAAAUCUACUUAAUGUGAGAAAGAUUUUCUUUUAACAAAAAAUAUAAUGUUUAUUCCUCACAAAAGAGUGACUUAAAGUGUUGUUAUAUCAAGAUCAACUGAUAAAAAACAAUCAAAUUAAAUUUAACCUGAACAUAAUAGAGAUCUUAAAAUUGAAGUUUAAAUAAAACCUGAAUAAAGUGUAUCAGAGUUUGCUGCUGUCUAAGAUAAAGCAUUGUAAGAACCAAAAAGAAAAUCUGUGGAAGUUAAAGCUACUAUAGAAGUAGAUGAAGAAAAAACAAAUUUAAAGUAAUAUAUUAUAAAGGUUGAAGAAACCUUAAUGUUAAAACAUAAAUUAGUUACUGAAUUAUAAAAUAGGAUUAAAGAAUUAUAAAAUUAAUAACCUUAAAUUAAUAAUAAUAAUUCAAAUGUAGAUAAAUAAUUAAUAGAAACUAAUGAAUAAUUAAGAAAAAGAAUUUAGGAAUAUGAGAUACAGAUUUCUUAAUUAGAAGAGUAAAAUAAAUAUUCUAAUAAACUUUAAGAAGAUGCUUAGGAUAUGGUUGUUACAAUUCAGAAAUCAAAUAAAGAAUUAGAAUAAUAGCUUGAAACUUCAUUAAGAACAAAUAAGGAUUUGUAUAUUUAGAUAAAAGAUUUGAAGAAUCAAAGUUCUUAAAUAUAACCACCUUCACCAAUGACACCUUCAAGGGAAAAAAAUUAUUAAAUAAAUAUUGCUUUGAUUUAAAAAAAGAACGAGGAAUAAUUAUAAUAGAAAAUAGAUUAAGAGCAAUAAAGGAUUGUAUUAUUGGAAUAAUAAAUUAAUUAAUCGAAUAAAGAAUUAUUGGGUUUAUAAUAAUUAAAUUAAGAUAAACUUAAGAUUAUAGGAAAUUUAGAAGUAAGAUUGAUUGAAUUAGAUUCAACAAAAAGAGAAAAUGAAAAACUAACUCUUGAGAUAGCAGCUUUGUUUAAAAAAAUAGAACAUCAUGAAUUAGUAAUAAUUUAAUAACAAGAAGAUCUUGAAGAUUUGAAGGCUAAAUAUGAAUAAUUAUCUAAAUAAUAUGAAAUUUAAGGAGAAGAAUUAGAUUAAAUAAGAAUAGAAAAAAGAUAGAAUUUGGAAGAAUAUAAUAGAAAAGAGAAUGAAUUACUUUUAAUAAUAGAAGAUUUGAAAAAUAGAUUAUAAGAUAUGACAAAAUAAUAUUAAACAAUAUCAGAUUAAUUAAAUUAGUCAUUAGAUACCAAUAACUAAUUAUAAAAUUUAAUUCAAGAGAAGGAUGAAACAAUUAAAUUACUUGAAGCAGGUAUAGCUAAAGGUGUUAAAAAAAUAGCAGAAAUAGAAGCUAAUCAUCAUAAAUAGAAAGAAGAUGAUAGAAAGACAAUUGAAGAAUUAAAAUAAAUUAUUGAGUAAAAUAAUCAAAAGAUUAAUAAACUCGAAAAAGAUAUAGCAGAGAAAGAUAAUAAACUUGAAGAGCAUAGAAAGGAAUUCAAAGCACUUAAGGUUAUAUUUGUUACUUUAGAGGAGAAAUGGACAAAAUUAGACAAUGAUCACAAAGAUUUAAAUAAUAGACAUGAGAAAUUAAUAGCUGAAUGUGAUGAAUGGAAGAAAAGAUUUAAUUAGCUUGACGGAGAACAUAAAGAUUUAUAAGAGAAACAUAGAUUAAUUAUUAUAGAGUAUGAAAAAGUAAAAGAAAAUACAAAUGAGAAAAUGAAUGAAUUAAAAUCUCAAAAUGAAGAUCUUCUUAGAAAACUUAAAGUAUUAGAAGAUAAAUAUUAAUUAUUAUAUAAUUAGCAUUAAGCAGUUUUAGAAAGGUUGGAAAAAGAAACCUAAAAUCAUAUUAAGAAAGUAGGAGAAUUAGAUUUAAUAAUUAUUGGAUUGGAAAAGAAAGCUCAUGAAUAUAAAACAUUGAGUGAGAAUUAAAAAUUAGAAAUAGAUAAUUUAAAGUCUUUAAUAAAAGAAUUGGAAGGUAAAAUGGCUUAAGCUGAAAAAGAUCAAUAAUAGAGACAUUAAUAAUUGCUUAUUUAAAUAUAAGCACAUUUAGAGAAAUUAACAAAAUUAGAAAAUAAAAAUAGCAAAUUAGAAUUAGAUGUACUAGAUAUGGAAAAAAGAAUAUAAGAACUUAUUUUGUAUAAUCAAGAUUAUAAAAAUGAAAUUAUUAAAUAAGAUGAAAAAAUUGCAAUUUUAAUAAAAGAAGCAUAAACUAAAGAAUCAGAAAUAAUUAAAUUAAUUGAGGUUAUUGAAAAAUAAAAAUUAGAAUUAGUUGAACAUGAUAAGAUAAUAAUUAUCUUAAGAUAAGAGAAUGAGAAGUACAAAUUGGAUUUGAUUGAUUAUGAAAAAAUUAUUAGAGAGUUAAGAUAAAAAAUAAAAGAGCUUGAACUCAUUAUUAUAGAAAAGGAAAAGAAAAUUAUAGAAUCAGAAAAGCAAAUUAAAAAGCUAUAGACAUUGUUAGUACAAUUUAAGACAUUAUCAGAAGAAAUGGCAUCAAUAAGUUGA